AUGGCAGAGGAAAGGGCAGCUGGUGCCAGGACCUCAGACCUUGAACCAGUACGAAAGCCACCCUUUCACUACACCAUUCAAUACACUGGCCGUACCUAUUCCUUCUCCGCCAAACCCUUACCACUCUUCAAUGCAACACGGCUCAACAUCCUGACUUACCCCCAACGCACCAGUGCCAACACCAUGACACCCGCCCUCCGUGACAGCCUCUCCAGCCCCCUAACCAUAUCCACAACCCACACCGCCGCUACCUUCCCCGUCACACCCCCCGUCCACCCAGACCUCUCCCGCCCCCGCCUCAAACAAAUAGCCCGCUGGAUCCGCGACGAACUCGACCUCCGCGUCGCCCGCGACGGCCCCGACGUCCUCCGCCCAGACGACGUGCUCACCCUCCACGAAACGCUCGUCGCCCUCCGCCUCGCCCAAAACAUCACCAUCUCCGUCCUGCGCGCAACCGGUAUCCACAAAGCCGUCCAAGACGUUGCGGGCGUGGCAACACGCUGGCCGAGUAGGUUGUGCGACGACUGCGACAAGAUUGUAGACAGUUGGACGGCGAAGUUUGGGCCGUUUAGCGAGAUUCAUCCGUUUUUGUAUGGGAGGGGGGGUCGGUUGGAGGGGAUUGCUAGUGUGAAUGAGUAUUCUAGGGAGGCGUUGCUGAAGCGCUGGGCGGAGACUUGUCCGGAGAAGAUUCAUCCGAAGAGGUCGCAUAAAUUGGGGGAUUUGGGGUUUGUGGCUGGGACGUGGUGGAUCAAUCCUCUGUUCGCACACCAUGCUGGUAUCAUUGGGCUUGAGGCAUGCGAUGGCGGGACGACGUACGACAAACACGGUGCAUAUGCUCUUCUACUCAAGGAUACGGGCGAGAUUGAAGCCUCGUCCGAAGAACGCUUUACCUAUCGUGUUCCGCAGAAUGACAAGGGUAAGUUCCGUCUUACCUCUGCUACACCCAAGAGUCGAGAUCCUGUGAGGGUACUUCGCAGCCACAGCAUCAACAGCGUCUGGGGACCAAAAGCAGGUGUGAGAUACGAAGGCCUGUACAGCGUCCGAGGCUGGUCCAUCAAGCAAGCCAAAAGCAGUAACCUUGCUGGUGGGCAAUGGAAAGAAGGCGAUAUCCUGUUCGACGUCCUGUUUGAGAGAACCGACUCAGUGCCCAUGGCGGUAGUCACCAAGCGACCCACCGCAACCGAAGUCGACGACUACGCCGAGUACAAGCGUCUCCGCAAGGUCAACCGCGACGGUAAACGCAAGUCACACAGCACCCUCCCCGUAGGCGCCAACAAAAGCGAUUUCUCAACCCCGCUCAAGACAGCACCUCCAGUCACACCCCACGUCGUCCCCAAACCCCUCCCCACAGACCCCCCAUCCAUCGAACCCCGCAAAGGCAUAUUCAAGCACCUCCACUUCGACGAAGAAGCCCACGUCCACGUCCUCGACAAAGAAGACGUCAUAUCCCCCAAAUCCGUCCCCGAAGCCGACCCCCUCACCACAACCGCUACAAUGGGCAAAAGCAACACGCUUCUCGUCCCCGCGAAACCCAACCGCACAAACACACACAGCAAAGCCGAUGUAUCCACGGUAGGCGGCGAACCGCGCAGACACGCCAGUCCCGCGGGUUCAAAUGCCAGCAGCGCUCACACCCACGCCUCAGCUACCACUUUCCCCGGCAUCAACAUCCGUGAAGUCGCACCGUGGAUCGACUACGACGCUGAUUUAUCUCUUCCUUCGCCACCGGAAGACUCGACGAUUGUGCACCAACUCUAUCGCUACGGACUCUAUCAAAACGAGUAUUUCAAGGGAUACGUUUGGUACGCCUGUGGAAGGGGAUACGUCGAGUCCGGGUGGUGGUUAUGGGAAUGGGAAUGGGAAUGGGAAUGGGAAUGGGAAUGGGAAUGGGAGUAUUGA